AUGUUUAAAAGAUUGUUCAAUUCAAAAAAGAUUGAAUUCUUGACAUUACAAUCAACCAAUAUCAUCACCAAAGACAUUCCUUCCAAACGUAUUUCACCACUCACCAGUUUGAAAUUGAUAGGUGUUCAUGUAAAGACUGAACAAUUGAGAAUUAUAUGCAAUAGAUUGAAAAAUCUAACAGAAUUAACAUUGAUUGGAACUCAUAUUGACCAAAGAGCAGGACAAAUUAUUUCCAACUCAAAAUUGAAAAAUCUGACACAGCUCACCAUUGGUGAUUUUAUUGGAAGCGAAAGUGCUGAGCAUUAUUUAUCCAAAGAAGGAAUCAUGAAUGUCUUAAAAAGUGGAAUUUCAUGGAAAGAAUUGACAUUUGUUUCAUCCGAACGUUAUGAUCAUAUGAUAUGUAGUUCAACAUGCAAAUACUUGUCACAUUUACAAAAUUUGGCUCACCUUGAGAUAGGCGUGGACAAUGACGGUUUUAUUGAGUUGUGUAAUUUUGAGCCCAAUAAUUUGAAACAUUUCUGCAAUUAUGCAUCAGAAACCUCUGAAAUCUCUGAAUAUGCUAUUCAAAAAUUUUGUGACACAUUUCAAAACCUAACUUUUUUGAAAUUGCGUAACACCAAGUUGGGACCAGGUUGCAUGUAUCACAUCUCUAAAUUACCAAAUUUGACGGAUUUACAACUAGAAAGAACAUAUGUUGAUACGGAAAGCUUCAAACAUUUCAAAUAUGAACGUUCUAAAAUCACUUACUCUUGGCUCUGCCGUCUCGUAUGA